UCUAGGCUGAACCGAGAUUUUGACGAGAACAGUAGACAGAUGAUGAGAUUAAAUAUCCAGUGAAUUCUCGAUCGAGCACAGUGAUUUGGCUUUUACUUUCUGCAUCACCAUGGGAAAUCUUUACAGUUCUAACGGGACAGCCCAGAAUGAGGCAACACAGAACCUUGUGGAAAUGGACGAAUUUGAGGGAGACAAGACACCUGGUGUGGAGAGUGAAGUGCCAGGACAUCAACAAAAGUCUAAGACAGGCAAGACACUCAGUGGGAAGAAGAAGAAAAAAAUGCAACAGCUCCAACAACAGUUAAAGAAAAAAGAGCAUGUAAAGGACAGUUGUGCACAGAUGGUGACUGAACUGACAGAUCUGAAGACAGAAAUGGACAAACUGAAAAUACAACUCACAAAACAACUGGAGGAGGUAGAGAAAGUCAUAGAGUCAUUGGGAGAGGAAAAAAUUAAACUAUUUGACAUCUGUUGUAAACUGAGGAAGAUAAAGCAAGCAAAUGAAACAAAUAUUAAUCAAACUGACAGCUGUUCACAUAAUGCAGAGCAUGCAGCCUCUAAAAUGGAAAAAAUACAGGAGGAGUUAGACAGCGAGAUAAAGGAUAUUGAAAGUCAGGUAAUGGACGUACAGGAAAAAAAGACCAUGGGCACAAUUAUCAGGAAAAAAUUGAGGAAGUUAAAAAAAUACAGACGUACUUAACAAUGACCACAUAUGUGAUUAGAGAAUUUACCUUUAGACUUGAAUGCCUCAAAAUGUGGGUUCAAGACAAGAGGCAAAAGCGAGCUGGAGGAAUGUGUCAGUAUUGCACUGUGAAGCCUGAUCAGUUCCAUCAUUCCUUCCACCUCAGGAUAAUAGUUCUUUAUCACAGUAUACAUAUCAUUGUAAUUUUGUAAUAUCUGCAUAUUUUAUUUGUUGUGAUAAUUCCAUCUUGUGUUUUUUUUUUUUUUUUACCAUACUUAUUUUAUUUGCCAUUUAUUUUUAUGUAUUAGAUUUUUUUUUUUUUUUCAAUUUUACUUUAGAAAAAACAAAUUAAACUACUCUUGUAAAGCACACAGCUUUGGUUUGGAGUGGAUAUUGUUGUUGUUAGUGACUUUAUGUUGGAUUAACCCUACAGCUGUGUAAUGUGUGCUGCAACAUUGUAAGUAAACUGUAAUUUAAUGCGUGCGUGUGUGUGUGUUUUCAAUUUUUUUCAUUAGUC